UCAAGGUGGAUACGAGUCAGCCAAACCUGGAGGAUUUGACCACUUGCGACGAGGCUAGUCCUCUGGUGGUGGACAAUGGCUCAGGGAUGGUGAAAUCUGGUUUCGCCGGUGAUGACGCUCCCAGAGCUGUGUUCCCCUCCAUCGUCGGCCGCCCCCGUCACCAGGGUGUCAUGGUCGGCAUGGGUCAGAAGGAUGCCUACGUCGGUGACGAGGCCCAAAGCAAGCGAGGUAUCCUUACUCUGAAGUACCCCAUCGAGCACGGUAUCAUCACCAACUGGGAUGACAUGGAGAAGAUCUGGCAUCACACCUUCUACAACGAGCUGAGAGUGGCACCCGAAGAAUCUCCUACUUUGCUGACCGAAGCUCCUCUCAAUCCAAAGGCAAACCGAGAAAAAAUGACACAAAUUAUGUUCGAAACAUUCGGAAUGCCAGCAAUGUAUGUCGCCAUACAAGCAGUUCUCUCUUUGUAUGCUUCUGGGAGAACUACCGGUAUAGUUUUAGACUCAGGUGAUGGAGUGUCUCAUGUAGUUCCAGUCUACGAAGGCUUUGCUCUGCCCCAUGCUAUUCUACGUUUAGAUCUCGCUGGCAGAGACCUGACUGACUAUCUGAUGAAGAUUAUGACCGAACGAGGCUAUUCCUUCACGACGACAGCGGAACGUGAGAUUGUGAGGGAUAUAAAAGAGAAGCUUUGCUACGUCGCUUUGGACUACGAGUGCGAGUUGGGAGUGGCGGCGGUUUCCUCAUCUUUGGACAAGUCAUACGAGCUUCCAGAUGGCCAACUCAUCACAAUUGGAAACGAGAGGUUCCGAGCCCCCGAAACUUUGUUCCAACCGUCUUUUUUGGGGAUGGAAUCUGUUGGAGUCCACGAGACUGUGUACAACUCGAUUAUGAAAUGUGAUGUUGAUAUUCGUAAAGACCUGUACGCCAACACAGUACUCUCUGGAGGUACUACCAUGUACCCUGGUAUUGCUGACCGCAUGCAGAAAGAGAUCACAACUCUCGCUCCCUCCACCAUCAAGAUCAAGAUCAUUGCUCCCCCUGAGCGUAAGUACUCCGUUUGGAUCGGUGGCUCCAUCUUGGCCUCCCUCUCCACCUUUCAAGCCAUGUGGAUCACCAAGGAAGAGUACGACGAAUCUGGGCCGUGUAUCGUUCAUAGGAAAUGUUUCUGAACAAUGAACAUAACACGUACUACAUGCUAUUUUCAUUCUUAAAUCGUAUAUCAGAAUCUAAGCUCGAAUAUUCUGUUGAACUUUUUUCUGUUUUAUUGAAGUCUCAUAGUGAAUCUUAUAAGGUACGAUUAAUAUUCUGCCUGUUACAUGUCAUCAUAUCUAAACUUCUCAGCUAUAGAAAAUACUCAUAGCAACAGUUGGGCAUAAGUGUAAGAAAAUCAUUUUGGUAUUUUUUGUUAUUUUCAAACACACGCAUCGGAAAUUUAUUGCUGUAAGACAAUCACACUCGCUUGCUAUUCACUGAUAUGAAACGAAAACGGACAUUACCAUUAGUACGGAAAUUUGUCCUUAAUGAAUAACCUUGUGUGAAUUAUACAUUGGGUACGGGCUAAAAGUAAGACAGUUGCUGU